CUUUCUUCAAGUAGUAGGUCGACAAGCAUAGAAAUUUAGAUCCCGUGGCUUGCCCCAGCAGGAUCUUCCGGACUUGAGUUAUUGCUCGAAAUACGUAGGCAGCAUGACACUUGUUCGUGAGGUGGCCUGCAUUAUUGUAGUUUACUUCCAACUGUCGUGUCCCAAUCCACGUGCUUUGGCAGACAGCCAGGCAAAUUGUUUCGAGAAGGUUUGUCGCAUGAAUGCCAUGUCGCUAUUCAUGCGACAAAGGAACAGCCCUAACCCCCGGCUUCCCCGUCUGGUUGGUUGUGACUCGUAUAUUCGACGAGAGUCGAGACGGAGGGGCUAUCCACCGAUCGAUAGCUUUUUGUCCUAAAAUAGUGCAGUGCACCAUUUCUGCUGUUUGUCGUUGAAUCUUCA